AUGGUUGUAGAAUAUCUACCCCAAUCUGAGAAGGAGGAGGUCGAUCAUCCGCAUCUAGAGCCGGCUAUCUCGUCUUUCGCUGGCCGAUUAGGUGGAAACCAGGAUUUUGUGCUGGACCGAAAUGAUCCUAAGAAUGUGGCCUUGCUGGAAAAGGUGCCCGAUGCGGCUCCAUGCAUGACGUUCGCCGAGAUCUUCGAUCUAAAGGGCUUCUAUAGUCCAGAUCUAUGGAAAUUUGCUAUGCUGGAAUGCGUUGCAAGCUUGAUGAACGUCUUUAUCUCUUGUUGGGUCACUACGCAUCCUCUCGCGGCUACCAGUUACCCCACGGCUGGAGCAGGCAUCUAUGCCACUGUCACCUUCUUCUCCCCGCUAUUCGGAGGCAUUACCAAUCUCCUCUUGACUCCGCUGCUGAUCUAUACCUUUGGUGCAUCAAGUGGAGGCCAUAUUAGUCCGACUAUCACGCUGGCGUGUUUCUUUGCCCGCAUUAUCUCUUUCCCGCGUACGAUUUUAUACCUCGCUGGGCAGACGCUGGGCGGUGCUCUUGCGGGUUUGGCACUUAACACAGCCUACGGCAAUCGGGAUUUCACCGUAGGAGGAUGCCACAUUGAUACCAACUUUGUGCCAGCCAAGGAUGGCUUGGUCAUUGAGUUCAUGGCGUGUCUGGUUCUGAUUUUCCUUGCCUUCGGCGUCGCCCUUGAUCCACGACAGGCAAAGGUAUUUGGACCUGCUGUUGGCCCAUGGUUUGUUGGUAUUGCACUUGGAGUGGUUUGCUGGGCAACCGCUUUCACCCGUGAAGGAUAUAUUGGAGCCAGCCUAAACCCGGCACGGUGCUUCGGAGCCUAUGUGGCGUCAGAGUUUCCCACUUAUCAUUGGGUCCACUGGGUUGGUCCAUUGGCUGCGUCCAUUGCACAUGGCUUAGUCUACUUUGUGGACCCACUUUGGACUGAGACGCGGAGGCUGCCGUGA